UUUUUAUUGAAAAAAUAUUACGUGCCACAGAAGUAAAAUGUAUAUACAUACUAAUACGCCCCAAAAAGGAGCAAAGUGUUGAAGACCGCAUAGAUGCUAUGUUCAAAAAUCCGCUGUUUGCCGAGUUGAAUCGUAAAAAACCAUCGGCAAAAAAACGUAUAGUACCGAUUCUGGGUGACUGCCUUCUGGCCAAUUUGGGCAUUUCACCAGCUGAUCGCCAAACUUUAAUUGAUGGGACUCAAAUAGUCAUACACAGCGCAGCUACGGUCCGCUUUAAUGAACCACUCUACAAUGCAUUAGCUAUAAAUGUGCGCGCUACCAUGGAUUUAAUAAAAUUGGCGAAAAAUAUGUCUAAGCUAGAAUCCUUCGUCCACGUUUCAUCUGCCUUUGCGAAUUGCACUGUCUUCCACGUGGAUGAAGUGUAUUAUACAAGUGAGCUGAAAAUAACUGCUGAAAAUAUGUGCAAAGUGGCCGAGUUAUUGGGCCCAGAUAAAACCAAUAGUAUGACAAGUGAAUGGUGUGGCAAAUCGCCGAACACAUAUACCUUUACAAAAGCUUUGGCGGAAGAGGCUGUGCUCUCGCAAGCAAAGCAACUACCGAUAUGCAUAUUUCGGCCUGGCAUAGUUAUACCCACCCACAGUGAACCCUUGACCGGUUGGGUGGAUAAUCUUUAUGGACCCAUGAGCAUUUUGUUCGGUGUAGCGCAUGGUAUACUUCGCGUUCUCUAUGUACAUCUGGAUGCAAAUGCGAACUUCGUGCCUGUCGAUAUGUGCGCCAAUCUAAUGUUGGCCUCAGCAUGGAAUACGGCGAAACCCGUAAACAAAUUGCUUAUUCAACCUCCCCCAAUAUACAAUCUAGUACCUGAUGAACGUAACAUGCUAAAAUGGGAUACUUAUCGACGAACUUUGGAGGAGCAUGCACCUAGCAUGCCACUUACAAAAAUGGUUUGGUUUCCCUUCGCAAUAAUCGUCAGUUCAAAGUUAUUGUAUAAUAUUUUGAUAUUAAUCUACCACAUAAUUCCUGGAUAUAUUUUCGAUUUCAUACUCCUGUUGAUGGGAAAGAAAAGAAGAAUGGUGAGCACAUAUCGUAAAAUCCACAAGCAAACUGCGGUACUCGACUACUUUGUCGAAAAUAAAUUCACCUUUACAAUGGAAAAUACGAUAAAGUUGUGGCACUCACUCUCUAGCAUUGAUCAAAGCUUAUUCAAUUUCAAUAUGGUCGCAAUAAAUUGGCAUGAGUACUUCUACAAUUCGUUGCUUGGUUUGCGCUGCUUUUUGGGACAGGAGCAACCGGAAACUAUACCAAAGGGCAAACAGCUCUGGAACAG